GUUUUGUCAUUUUGAAAAAGUUGGCGGAAGUGGUCGUCCUGAGGAAGAGUUAAGACACUAUAAAACUGCCAAUUUCACGCAAAGAUGCAGGAUAAAGAAAAUCACGGGCCAAGGGCUUUCCAGCAACAGACCUCGAGCAUCCUGGCUGGCCCACAACGUGUUCCGGUUAGACCGGGACGAGCCACAGACAAAAAUCUUGUUAUGGAACCCGUAAGACAAUAUGUUGGUUCAUCGUCCAGUUUGGUUCCGAAGCAGAUCAGUAUUGAAGACUUUGACAUCGGUCGACCACUGGGGAAGGGCAAGUUUGGCAAUGUGUACCUCGCCAAGGUGAAGAAGCUGCAAGCCAUUGUAGCUCUCAAAGUGUUGUUCAAGUCCCAGAUGGAGAAGGAGGGUGUAGAGCACCAACUCAGAAGGGAGAUUGAGAUCCAGGCUCACCUCAAGCAUCCCAACAUCCUUCGCUUUUACAACUAUUUUCAUGACCGUAAGAGGGUGUUUUUGGUGCUGGAGUACGCGCCACGUGGCGAGUUAUACAAGGAGCUUCAGCGAUUAGGACGCUUUGACGAUCAGCGCACUGCCACUUUUAUGGAAGAGAUCUCCGAUGCACUGCUGUACUGUCACGCAAAGAAAGUGAUCCAUCGUGACAUCAAACCAGAGAAUCUACUACUUGGCUACCGUGGAGAGCUGAAAAUUGCUGAUUUUGGUUGGUCAGUUCAUGCACCUUCCCUCAGGCGGCGCACGAUGUGCGGGACGCUGGACUACCUUCCUCCCGAGAUGAUCGAGGGCCGCACCCAUAGUGAGAAAGUGGACCUGUGGUGCAUCGGGAUCCUCUGUUAUGAGUGUCUUGUGGGGAAACCUCCCUUUGAAUCUUCUUCUCAUGUUGAUACGUACAAAAGAAUCACCAAGGUGGAUCUGAAGUUCCCAAGCAUCGUUUCGGAAGGUGCACGCGACCUGAUCGGCAAGCUGCUUCGCCACUGCCCCGCCGAUCGUCUAUCGCUACAGUGUGUCAUUGAUCACCCGUGGGUCCGUAACAACUCUCGGCGGAUCUUACCCCCCCCUGUCUGUCCCACCAAAACCUCAUGAGCCCAAUCCAAAGCUUCCUUUAUUUUUGUGAUGAGUAUAUAUUCUCUGUCCUGCAUUUUUUUUUAGUAAAUGUCCUGCUAUUGGCUCUUCAGGUAUUCUUCAUCUUGUAUCUUGUACAGAGUGGUGUUUUAAUUUAUGGGUGCAUAUCAAUAAAUAUGUAUUGUGGAAAUUUU